AUGAGCAGCUCACCUAGGAAUGAUGAAUCUACUGCUAAACUCGAGCUUGUGACCGUAGAAGAACAAGAGGAAUUCCUAGAGGUUAUUAAACAACUUAAUCUAGCGACAAGACAACAAGAAAAAACAACAACAUCCGAUCGAAACGCUUUCGUAGCUUCGAAAGACUUUAAAUUCUGGAAGACACAACCUGUGCCAGCAGUGGAUGAAUUUCCACGUGAUCAUGGUGCUAUUGAUCCCGUAAAGAGCAUACAGGAUAUAAGAAAGGAACCUUAUACGAUGCCACCAGGUUUUCAAUGGAGUGUACUUGAUUUGUCUCAUCCACAAGAGAUACAGGAAGUAUAUCAUCUCUUGACACACAAUUAUGUCGAAGAUGAUGACAAUAUGUUUCGUUUUGAUUACUCGAUUGAUUUUCUAUUGUGGGCAUUAACUCCUCCAGGUUAUUACAAGGAUUGGCACGUGGGUGUACGUAAUGAGAAAACCAAGAAACUUAUGGCCUUUAUCUCUGGCAUUCCAGUCAAAACAAGAGUUUAUACUACAGUGAAACCCAUGGCGGAGAUUAAUUUUCUAUGUAUACACAAGAAAUUAAGAACCAAGCGAUUAGCACCCGUGCUGAUCAAGGAGAUUACACGCAGAGUGAAUCUUUGCAAGAUCUGGCAGGCUGUCUAUACUGCUGGAGUCGUAUUACCCAUGCCUGUGGCCCAGUGUCGAUACUUUCAUCGGUCUUUAAACCCAAAGAAACUCAUUGAAGUGGGUUUCUCGAGACUUGCACCAAGGAUGACGAUGACGCGCACGAUCAAGAUGUUCAAGUUGCCCGAGACCACGGCAGUGCCUGGAUUCCGACCCAUGCAGAAGAAGGAUGUCGCCCAAGUGACGGUGUUGCUGAAGACGUACUUAGCCAAGUUCAACCUCGUGCAACAUUACGAUCAGAAUGACGUGGCUCACUGGAUGCUUCCGCGCGAGGGUGUUAUCAGUGCGUACGUGGUGGAAAACCCUGAAACGCACAAGAUCACGGACUUUACGAGCUUCUACCAUUUGCCGUCCACUGUCAUUGGCCACGAUAAGCACAGCAAACUGAGUGCUGCCUACUCGUUUUAUAAUGUGGCCACGUCGGUGCCGCUUACGGAGCUUAUGAAUGACACGCUGAUCAUGGCCAAGAAGGAGGACUUUGACGUCUUCAACGCGCUCAGCCUCAUGGACAACGUGGAGUUCCUGAAGGAGCUCAAGUUUGGGCCUGGCGAUGGCGACCUCAUGUACUACUUGUACAACUGGCGCUGUCCGCGCAUGGAAGGCAACAAAGUUGGUAUCGUACUGUGUUAA